GCAUAAUUGUUUACUCCGAGAAAGGAUUAUAGUUUUGCUGAUGAAAAAGAUGACACAAAUUACUGCGAAUUGACACGGUGCGUUUUGGAGCUGGCGGGCCCACAUAACCAACUUCCAAAGCAGAUAAGAUCUUAUCAACAAUCCAUCAAGAAUCCAAGCACCAAUUGCUCGUCUUUUGCAAGCGCAAACUAAGAGCUGUGCGUUGCUAUAUUCCCUAUGAACUGUCCAGCAACUUUAACUUCAUUUCCAUCUCUUAACUUCCACAACCACCAUGGACAAGCUUUCUCCAUUUCACCGCCACUUUAACCUCCCUCUAAACCAAAACCCACUAACCCACAAGCCUAAACCAACUACUCUUUCACCAGCUACUCUUUCUCUUGCUUCCACAUCUACCUCCUCUGAGACUACCUCUCUCUCUGCCUCACUAGCACCUCCUUGGCAGAAGCAUUUCCCAAAUCUCCGAUUCUUAGAUACCCCGAGUGAUGUCAAAACUCUGGAUUCGGUUAAAGCAAUGCAUGCCCAGAUGAUAAAAACGUGCAACAUGUGGGUUUCCGAUUCCAUGGCUAAAACUUUGAUCACUUUUUACUUGGAACUUGGUGAUUUUAGGUCUGCUGCAAUGGUUUUCUUCGUGGGUUUUGCACGGAAUUACGUUAUGUGGAAUUCUUUCUUGGAGGAAUUUGAGAGGUAUGGCGGCCAUCCAAUCCAAAUUCUUCAGGUUUUUCAAGAAUUGCAUUUUAAAGGAGUGAUAUUUGAUAGUAGAGUUGUUACUGUAAUUUUGAAAAUUUGCACUAGAAUAAUGGAUUUAUGGCUGGGUUUGGAAGUCCAUGCUAGUUUGAUCAAGAUGGGCUUUGAAUUGGAUACUUAUGUGAAGAGUGCACUAUUGAAUUAUUAUGAGGCAUGUUGGGGUGUGGAAAGUGCUAAUCAAGUAUUUUAUGAGAUGCCAGAUCGGGAUGAUCUCUUGUGGAAUGAGGCAAUCAUGGUCAACCUGAAGAAUGAGAGACUUGUUAAUGCUCUAGAACUGUUUACAGAAAUGCAGUUUUUCUUUGUAAAAGCCAAUGCAAUUACACUUUUGAAGAUUCUACAAGCCAGUGGAAAGCAUGGAGCCCUCAGUGAAGGGAAGCAGAUACAUGGGUAUGUUAUAAAACAUAAAUUAGAAUCAAAUUUGUCGAUAUGCAAUUCCUUGAUUAGUAUGUACUCUAGAAAUGGCAAACUUAAACUAGCUAGAAGAGUUUUUGAUUCAAUGAAAGAUCGUAACUUGUCUUCUUGGAAUUCAAUUAUCUCAAGCUAUAGUGCUCUUGGUGACAUGAAUGAUGCUUGGAAUCUUUUUCAUAAGAUGGAAUCGUCCGGAGUAAAACCUGACAUAAUAACCUGGAAUUGCCUUUUAUCAGGCCAUGCUGUUCAUGGCUCGUAUAAAGAAGUCCUUACCAUUUUAGAAAAAAUGCAAGCUUCAAGUUUUAGACCAAAUUCGUGCUCUAUUACUAGCGUUCUUCAAGCUGCAACUGAAUUGAGGCUCUUGAAUAUUGGGAAAGAAAUUCAUGGUUAUGUGAUAAGAAAUGGGCUUGACUAUGAUGUAUAUGUGGGAACUUCACUGUUAGACAUGUAUGUGAAGAAUGAUUGUUUAACUAUUUCUCAGGCAAUUUUCAAUAAUAUGAAGAAUAAGAAUAUCGUUGCUUGGAAUUCGUUAAUAACAGGCUAUGCAUUCAAGGGCCAUUUUUAUGAUGCAAGAAGACUGUUGAAUAAUAUGGAAGAGGAAGGGAUUACGCCAGAUUUAGUUACAUGGAAUGGCAUGGUUUCUGGGUACUCAAUGUGGGGCCACAGUGAGGAAGCUUUGGCUGUAAUUCACGAUAUCAAAAUUUCAGGAUUAACUCCAAAUGUGGUUUCAUGGACUGCCCUCAUAUCAGGCUGUUCACAGAAGGGUAAUUACAGGGAAUCCUUGGAGUAUUUUGUUCAAAUGCAGCAAGAAGGAAUUAAACCGAACUCUGCCACUGUAUCCAGCUUACUAAGAACUUGCGGAGGCCUAUCUCUGUUAAAGAAGGGUAAAGAAAUUCACUGUUUCAGUGCAAAAAGUGGAUUCAUCGAAGACGUAUAUAUAGCCACAGCUCUCAUUGACAUGUACUGUAAGUCAGGCGACUUAAAGAGUGCCCAUGAAGUUUUCAGGAGAACAACAAACAAGACAUUAGCCUGUUGGAAUUGCAUGAUCAUGGGAUUUUCCAUUUAUGGCCUUGGAAUGGAGGCAAUUUCACUCUUUAGUGAAAUGCAAGGGGCAGGUGUCCUACCAGAUUCCAUAACCUUUACUGCUCUGCUAUCUGCGUGCAAGAACUCAGGUUUAGUUGAUGAAGGAUGGGAUUACUUUGAUAGUAUGAGCAAAGAUUAUCGCAUAAAGCCAACAAUUGAGCAUUACUCUUGCAUGGUAGAUCUUCUUGGAAGAGCCGGUUAUCUAGAUGAAGCUUGGGACUUCAUUCAAACAAUGCCACUAAAUCCAGAUGCUACCAUUUGGGGUGCUUUUCUUGGAUCCUGCAGAAUCCAUACAAACUUGGAAUUUGCUGAGAUAGCGGCCAAGGAACUUUUCAAUUUAGAACCAUAUAAUUCUGCUAAUUAUGUUUUGAUGAUGAACUUGUAUGCCAUGUCAAACAGAUGGGAGGAUGUGGAGCGUAUCAGAGGUCUCAUGGCCGAAAAGGAGGUAAAAAUCAGGGAAGUAUGGAGCUGGGUACAAAUUAAUAACACAGUUCAUGUGUUCUCUGCUGCUGGGGAACCCCAUCAAGAUGAAGGGGAGAUAUACUUUGAGUUGUAUCAGUUGGUUUCUGAAAUGAAGAAACUAGGAUACGUGCCUGACAUCAACUGUGUGUAUCAGAACACCGAUGAGGAAGAGAAGGAGAAGGCACUCCUUAGUCAUACGGAAAAAUUGGCCAUUACUUACGGACUGAUCAAGACAAAGAGUAAUGCACCUAUCAGAGUGAUUAAGAAUACAAGAAUUUGUUCCGACUGCCACACAGCAGCAAAAUACAUGUCGCUGGCACGGGGCGUUGAGAUUUUCCUAAGAGAUGGUGCUCGGUUUCACCAUUUCAAGGCAGGCAGGUGUUCUUGCAAUGAUUUCUGGUAAUGGAAUUUGUUAUAGGCCUGGAAACUAGCCGCACCUAACAUUGUGUGAGAGAAAUUUUGGUUAAGUACAUUGAAAAGAAAAUACUGAGGGACAGCAAUACUAAUGGAGGAAUCAAUUGAAUCUUGAUUCAUCAUCAGAUUCAGCAUGAAGCUAAAAUGAUUGCAAAAUCAAUGAAAGAUUGUUUAAAGAAUCCAGGAAAUCGUAAAUUUUUUUUUACUCCGAAGGAGUUGAAUUUUAAAGCAUUAUUUUCCCAUUAUGCAA